GGCCACGCCCAUCUUCAUGCAAUCAUAGGGAAGAUGUCUUGGUUGCUGACUUGGUGUAGGGGCUCUCCUGGGAGACUGCACUCACUACGAUACACUGCUACUCACUGUCUUCAAUGGAGCUCAGCCUCACAAUCUACCAAUACUGAUCAGUUCAAUCGAAUUUCAUCCUGGCUACACGCCCCCACAUGCUCCACACCCCUCACACAUUGGCUAAACGCCCCCACACACUCCACACGAUGGCUACACGCCUCCACACACUCUCUCGAUAAGAAAGCCACAGUUGAGAAAGCGGUGGAGACAGUUAAAGAGAACAAGAGGAAAGUGUUGAGCUCUGAACCCAGUGGUCCUCCUCAGAUCAAGCCUUCAUUAGUCAAGCGUGUGAAGGAUGUGGCCUUGCACUAUUAUCAUGGCUUCAGACUAUUAGCCCUGGACUUGAGGGUGGCAGUUAGACUCCUCAUGAAGACAAUGCGUGGUCACUCACUCACUCGUAGGGAACAGAAGCAGUUUCGGCGAACAGUGGGUGAUAUAUUUCGUGUUGUACCGUUCUCUGUGUUUGUCGUCAUCCCCUUCAUGGAGUUCCUGCUGCCAGUGUAUGUGUGGUUGUUCCCCAAUGCUCUGCCCUCUACCUUCCAAAGCACCUCCUCUAAGGAAAAACGCAAGAAAUCUGAGCUGAAGGUCAAGUUGACAAUGGCAAGAUUCCUCCAGAGCACGAUUGAAGAGAUGGCAGUCACUGGACGAACCAAAGGACGCAGCGAAUCAGUGCAAGAGUUUGCUAAGUUCUUUGAGAAGAUAACGGGUAGUGGGGAGCAGGCAAGUACUGAAGAGAUACUCAAGUUCUCUAAACUGUUUGAGGAUGAGCUGACACUGGACAACCUUUCACAACCACAGCUCAAGGCACUCUGCAAGUUGCUACUACUCCAACCCAUUGGCUCCAGUAAUUUCCUGCGUUUCCAGUUGCGUAUGAAGCUUCGACAGUUGCGCGCUGAUGAUCAGAUGAUAGACAAUGAAGGAGUGUCCUCUCUCACUGUCAAGGAACUCCAGGGAGCUAGUCAAGCACGAGGUAUGAGGGCUCUUGGUAUGCCAGAGGAAAGACUCAAGUCUCAACUACAGCAGUGGCUUGAGUUGCACCUCCAUCAGCAGAUCCCAGCCUCUCUCCUCCUUCUCUCCAGAGCACUCUACAUACCUGAGGAUGUGCCCACUGCUCUCAAGACCACACUCUCUUCUCUACCAGAAUCCAUUGUUGAAGAGACUGAAGUGCUAGUGGCUGACACACUGGGAGAGAUUGUGGAUAACAAGGUCCGUCUGGAGGUGUUGAGACAACAAGAGGAGCUCAUUAAAGAAGAGGCUGCAGAGAUGGACAGAGAGAAAGUGGAGGCUGAAGCUGCUGAUGUCACUCGGAGAGCUACUGAGGAGAUUGUUGACCAUGCCCCUUCAUUGACCACACCCACUCCAAUAGACGAGGGAAUAUCAGCAGAGGAGUUGCGUAAUAUAAGUGCAGCUGUAUCCUCACUCAAAGGAGAACGGGCUCUGGCAGAGGAAAAGGCUGAACUGGAGGAGCUAAAGGAGGAAAGAGAAGAAUAUGUGGAGGAUGUUGCUGACUUGGCAGUGGAAGCAGCUGACGAGGUGGUGGAGAGCAAGGGAAGUGUUAGACUGGGCAAACGAGUGGAGGCCAUGCUUCGAGAGAUUGACACAACUGUUACACAAUUAGAGGGUGUGGAUGAAACACAACUCAACCAGUUGCAGCAGCAGAGGAGUGACGUCAUCUCUUGCUCUCAGCUAGAAGAUGCUCUGGCAGCUCUUAAGGAGAUUAGUGGAGAUGCUAAAGUCAAGAGGAUAGUGGCUGUACUGGAUACUGACAGUGAUGGUGCCAUACACCUCUCUGAGAUAGCAGAGGUCAUAGAGAGUCUGGCUUUGGAGGACACCGGAAUACAAGCAGAGCACAUUGCUCAGAUCAAAGAACUCAUUCAGAAAGAGGAUAUUAUUCAAUCUAGAGCCACCAAAUAACUGUAGUCUGUUUUAUUGACAAUACUAAUGAUCUUGGUAUAUACAAGUAUUUAAAUUUAUUACAUUUACAUUUGAUAUAAAAAAACCUGAUUGGCAUGACUAAAUAAUAAGUUGUCC